CGGUCAUGUGAUCGUCGCCAUGGUGCCAAAUGAAGCUACAUCGGUUACAUGUUUAACGUGGCUACAUUAUCGUUCUGCGAAAAACCGAAAUGAGCACCCGUGACAUUUGUCUGCUGCUCGGAGCGACUAGCGUCGGAAAAACGUUGUUGUUGAAACGUCUUCAAAAGCUCGGUUUGCAUGGAUUAGGUGAGCUCGGGGAACCUCCCUCCACUCUUCCCACAGUAGGAACCAACCUCACGGACCUUACACUAAAGAAGAAAAAGGUGACACUCAGAGAGCUAGGAGGCUGCAUGGGCCCUAUAUGGCCCAGUUACUUCAAAGAUUGCUCCUCAGUUAUUUUUAUUGUGGACUCAGCCAACACUACUCAGAUAUCUUCUUCUUGCAUCCAGCUGCUGUCGGUGCUCUCCGCUGAACCUUUGCACAGUGUUUCUGUGCUAAUUCUAUUCAACAAGAGGGACAUGCCAUGCAUUAUGAGCCUCGUUGAGAUAAAAUCACUCUUCAGAAUGGAUGACAUCAUUGCAUCCGCUACUCAGCCAAUCACGAUACUGGAAGUCAGUGCCAGCACCGGACAGGGACUUCAGGAGGUGCUGAGCUGGCUGGAGUCCAUCAUAGUCAAGUGAACUGUCAUAGCCUUGGGAUUCUACUCACAAAUGACCUUUGAUGACCGCUUCAAGCCGUUUUGGUAAGAUGUCAAUAUUCUCAAUGUGAAAAGACAAAGACACGUAAAAUUGGAUCCACUGAAAAUCAGUUGCCAUAUCUUUGGGACCAAAUAUAUUUUAGUGUCCUGGAACGAGUAAAUGGGGAAGUAGAUGCAUUGGUUGUACGAUGCAGUGUCUCCCCCACCAUUAUAAAUUAUUUACAAAUAGCAAACUGCUUGACUGACAGGGGAAGACUCGUGCUCCUGAUUGAUUACUUGAAGUGUUGCAGCAUAGAGGUACUGAGUCACUACCAGCAGAGGGUCUACA